UAUCGUCCGUCUAAAAACUACUCCUAUUAAUUAAUUAUUCAAUCGGAACGCAUUUUCUCUCUGUACAUUAAUCUGAUCUUCCUGCAGAGUUCAUUGAAUUUUGUAAUCCAGGGUAAAUGGAGGGUGGAAUUACGGCGGAGGAAUUGUCGACUAUCGGCGGCAUAGCCACCGUCUCGCUGCUGCACUCCUUCAUCCCCACUCACUGGCUCCCGUUUUCUAUUGUCGGCCGCGCUCAGAAAUGGACGCUUUCUCGAACUCUUCUCGUUACUGCAUUUGGGGCAGUCUUGCAUGUCCUAUCCACUUCACUGCUUGGCAUAACUGCAAUCACCAUAACAAACACUAUAGCCGGAGAGGAAACUGUGCAUAAACUUGCAUCUUUGUUACUCAUUUUUCUUGGUGGUGGUUACAUCGCGUUGUUUCUAACUGGAAAGGGUGGUCAUAGCCAUUCUCACAAUCAACCUAUGGAAAAAAUGGCUGUUGCCGGUCUUGUUCUUGUCCCUGCAUUGUCUCCUUGUGCAACCACUCUUCCAGUAUUUCUUGCUGUUGGAAACUCAUCCUCUAUGAUGGUGCUUGCUAUUAUAGUUCUAUUAAUCAGCACGAUAACUGUAAUGACGUCUCUAGUGGCCCUCUCAUUCUAUGGUGCAAGUCAGCUCAAGUUCCACUGGGUCGAGCGCUAUGACAAGCUUCUUGUAGGAUCAGUUCUAUGUUUAGUUGGAGUUCUGACCCUUAUUUUCCAUGAUCAUGAUGGAGACGCCGGUUCAACCACAGAGCAUUUGCAUCGGAAGAUAAUCUCAUUGUAAGCAUGGAAACAGAUGUGUUCUGUGUUUCUAAAGUUUUAAGGUAUGAAGAUUACAACUGAUGAUGCAACAUAGUAAGGACUGUAAAACAUCUGUCUUGUUCAAUUGGAAAGCUCUGUGUUCCAUUAGCUAUAUUCGAAGUUCUUGCUGUCUUGAUCUUCAUCGUUCGGCCUCAGUGUUGCUGCAUUCCAUCCUUGCAUCGUGUUUUAAUGUGCAGCGUCAGCGAUGGUCAAUCGUGUGAGUUGUGGCUUACUUCAUGUAACCUUCUUCUUUCAAUUUUAUGUUAAUAAGACCUGUAAGUUUGUAACUUUAGAUAUGAUGCAAAAGAUAGUGCUGUAAAGAUUUCUAGCGAUGCGAGUAAGUAGUGAUUACGCUUUACUGGACUUUCAAUCACCAUAAUCAUGUAAUCACUUUUUUAUCGUCUAACUUUGGAUUGUAAAAUGACCUCCAGAAUUCAUAUUAAUAGUUUUUUUCUAUAAAUUUAUCCUGAUA